GCCUUUGUGUGAGAUCUGUCCUGUUUUUCAUUGACUGAAUUCCAGAAAGUGACAAACAUAGGAGGUGCCAAUACUAAUCACACACCUAUUAGGAGAAAGAAAACAUUACCUGGGAGUCACGGUAAAUGAAAAGAUUUCACAGUGUACCUGAGCAGUGUGGUCCUGACUGUACACCUGAAGGGGAACCUUUGCGUCUACAAAACCGGAGAGAUUUAUUUGAUAGAAGUGAAUCUAACACAAGAUAAUGGGCAUGAAAGAAGUUCUAACGUUCAACAAAAGUUCUUCCAGCGUAAAAAAGGACACCCAUGUGGAUUCUAAUGAUGAAAACACGGAAAGGGGAAAUUGGUCAAGAAAAUCAGACUAUUUACUGUCUAUGAUUGGAUAUGCUGUGGGUUUGGGGAAUGUGUGGCGGUUUCCAUAUCUUGCAUACAAGAAUGGAGGAGGAGCCUUCCUAAUACCUUACACAGUUAUGCUUGCAUUUGCUGGACUUCCUCUGUUCUUCUUGGAAUGUUCGAUGGGACAGUUUUCCAGUCGGGGACCUAUAUCAGUGUGGCGUGUUGUACCACUUCUACAAGGUGUUGGUGUCACUAUGGUCCUCAUCACAACUUUAGUUUGCAUUUACUACAAUGUUAUCAUUGCCUAUAGCUUAUAUUAUUUGUUUGCCUCCUUUCAAAGUGUGUUGCCUUGGUCUGAUUGCUUCAGCUGGGCAGAUGAAAUGUGCAGUAAGACCACACGAGGAUCAUGCAAUGUUUCACAAGCUAAUAAUACAGUGACCAGAAAUCUAACUUGGGUGAAAGAAAAUAAUAUGAUGUGCUUGGCCAACAGUACAGUCUUGGAGGAAUCGGAUCUGCCCAGCAAACAGUACUGGGAGAAGGUGGCACUCCGCCGCUCUAGUGGGCUUCAUGAAACUGGUGAAGUAGUUUGGUACUUGGCACUUUGUUUACUUUUAGCCUGGAUUAUUGUUGGAGCUGCACUCUUCAAAGGAAUUAAAUCAUCUGGGAAGGUGGUUUACUUUACUGCAGUGUUCCCUUAUGUUGUCCUUAUCAUAUUGUUGGUUCGAGGGGCAACUCUUGAAGGAGCAAUUCAAGGGAUUGACUAUUAUAUUGGAACACAAUCAAACAUCACAAAGCUAAUGGAGGCAGAGGUAUGGAAGGAUGCUGCCACCCAAAUCUUCUUCUCUCUCUCCACAGCCUGGGGUGGACUUAUUGCUUUGUCUUCAUAUAACAAAUUCCACAACAACUGCUUUUGGGAUGCCAUCAUUGUUUGCGUGACAAACUGUGGCACUAGUAUAUUUGCAGGAUUUGCCAUAUUUUCUAUUUUGGGACAUAUGGCUCACAUUUCUGAAAAAUCUGUAUCUGAAGUAGUAGAUUCAGGUUUUGGUUUGGCAUUUAUUGCUUAUCCCGAAGCUUUAAGCCAGCUGCCGAUUUCUCCACUUUGGUCAUUCCUGUUCUUCUUCAUGCUACUUACAUUGGGCCUGGACUCACAGUUUGCAAUGAUUGAAACCAUAACAACAUCUAUACAAGAUGCAUUUCCUAAUGCCAUGAAGAAAAGACGGGCUAUUAUCACAACAUGCUGCUGUUGCGUUCUGUUUCUUCUUGGAUUGGUCUGCGUAACUCAGUCAGGAAUUUUCUGGGUAAAUAUGAUUGACUACUUCUGUGGUGGAUGGGCCCUUCUCUUUGCUGCAGUUCUGGAAUUAGUGGGAAUUUGCUGGAUUUAUGGUGGAAAUCGAUUUAUUGAGGACAUUGAAAUGAUGAUUGGGAAGAAGCAUUGGUGUUUUUGGUUAUGGUGGAGAACAUGCUGGUUCUUUGUAUCACCAUUAUUAUUAACGGCCAUACUCUUGUGGUCACUCAUUACUUUUGAAGCUCCUUCAUAUGGCUCCAUCAAAUAUCCUGCUUGGGGAACAACUCUGGGCUGGUGUAUGAUCUCUUUUUGCCUAAUAUGGAUUCCUAUUGUAGCUUUAGUUAAAAUUAUUCAAGCAAGAGGAAACCUCUUACAAACUUGCAGAGCUGCAGACAACUGGGGACCAGCACUAACCCAACAUCGUGGAGAGCGAUAUAAACAUAUGCCUGGCACUAUCACAGAAAUGGACUUUGUAGAGAUCCCAACAGUGACCGAAAUGACGGGAUAUGACAAUGAUGCCUAUCUUUGAUCUCUUGGUUGUAUGGACUCUCAACAAGUGACUGACAAUUGACGUUCUGUGUUUUUAUACAACACCAAAGAAUCAGCCAACUAUUUGAUUCUGUGUAUAAUAAAUGACUGAAGUGCAAUUAUAU